AAUUAAAUCUAGAAACCAUGUAUUUUAACUUGGAGACAGUGCAUGCAAGGACUACUUUUAUCAGCUGCCACAGAGUAAAAAAUGUGAUGUAAUAGAGACUUGGACUCGUGUAAAUUAAAAAACUUCUGUUUCAGACAAAUGUUGCUGCCUGACAAAAACCCUGAAAUUGACACAAAAGCUGUGUCUGUGUCCAGAGGAUGAGGACAUUGUCAUUGAAGAAGAGACCUCAUCAUUCCAGAUACGUAUGUUUCCUCGUAGGAUAAAUAUGAUAGCUCAUAUUUAGAAUAGCUUAGUUUGUAUGUUCAAUGACCCUUCACUUGCCAAGCUAUGAAAAUGCCACCAGUAUAGGAACAUCUGCAUCUUUUUUAAUGUCCCUUUAAAUCUCCACUAAUACACUCAGUUUUUUAUAAACGCAUUUGUUCCCCUUCUGUGUAUGUGUAUAAUGGCAUAUUUUAGCAUAAUGUAGGAAGCCAGAAGAGUCAUCAAUCAACAAUCUAUGUCGCAGAUUUCUUCUGCAUGACAUCUUCUUCUUAUUUAAUGCAGAGUCAGCAGAUAACACAAUCUUCUUUUUAUCUUUCUGAUUUUCAUUCUUUCCGUUUUUCUUUUUCUGUCUAUAAUAAACAACCCCUCCUCUACCCCCCUAUAUCACGGUGCAGGCAACAUGCUGGUUAAUGCGUUUUUAUAGCCAUAUAACUCACUGGAGUGUAACCUUGGAGUGUAAGUGUGUGUGUGUGUGUUUGUGUAUCAAAACAGAAUGCCAGGGAGACGCUGGUGUAUAAUCAAAGUCCUCAGCUGGCACAAGUCUGACAGAAUUACACCCCAUGGAGCCGUCAGUCUUUGUGUGUCUAAUGGGUGAGCAGGGGCAAAAGACAGACUGUUAAAAAAAAAGGCCAAGUCUGUGUUUCCUGUCCCUUCAAAGUAAACAUAAAAAAGGGGAAAUAGGAAAACAGCAACAACAAUCCUGCUGCAUCCGAGGCAUAGUAAAUAAUAAGAAUGAAUGAAUCAGUUUGAACCGUACUGCCUCACAGCGAGGGAAGAUUUGUUAAGGGCAUAAUAAAUGACAAACACGGCUGGUGACAGAACGCCACACAAGCAGUAGACAUUCACACAAAGGGACCAGAGCUGGCCUGCUUUCAUUUACUGCUCAGAAAACUAAAAUUAACUUCUCUUAAUUUCCCUACAGCCGUGAUCACUCCUCCUCCUCCUCCUACUCCUCUGUGAUUCAUACUGUAAUCUGCAAGAAAGCAUUAGUGCAGCUUGACUCAUUGUGGCCAUUUUACAGUUCCCCAUGUGUUGGCAGGCAGGAGACAACUUUUUUUUAAUUUCCCGUGACACGGAAUGAACACUUCAAAUGAUCAAAGAAAAAAAAGCAAGAGCCUGCAUCUAACACCUCCUAAUGCGAGUCUGUGAGUUUCACAUUCAACUGCAAAACCUUCUUGCAGCCAGACGCUUUCUUUUAAUGCAUGCUCAGAGGGGCUUUGCAUUAAUAUCCAUACAACUUCAUAUGUUGUAUGCUAAAAAUGAACCUUUAAUUUUUACCUCUACCAAGCUUUUUUUGUUUGUUUGUUUGUUAGUGGGCAGGACUACUGCAGUCCCCAUUUUCAUGAAACUUUGUGUAAGGUUGUAGACUUGACCAAGAGAGAACGAUUACAUUUCAGGCCAGAUCUGGAUCUAAUUUGGAACGAGUUAAAAUGUCUUAUGUGUUUAUGAAAAUAAACAUGGAUUAUAAGUAUGUGGUUAAAGUCACUGCUUCACUGCUGGUAAUAUUUGGAUAGGCAUAAACAUACGUAUACAUAAUUAUUUGUGGUAUAUACACACAUAUACGUAUAUCAUGGUUGCUCCUACAGAUCUGCAUUAGGACUGUAUUAUUUGCCUUGGCAGAGGUCUGUGUGUCUAGAUGUUUUCUUUCAUGACUAAUUUACUGAAAUCAGCUAAGACCCACUUCAAACACAAAUCUUAUUGUUUUGAAUUCUUUCUUGAUCCAAGUACAGCAACCUGAAGUUUCUCUUUAAAUAUCAAACACACACGAGCCAUAGUCACCAACCAAACUCUGUAUCAAAUGGUCUGUUGAUAAAUGUACAUUUGUUGCAAAUACUGCAGCUUUUUUUAUUUCAGCUGCCCUAUAUGUUUGGCUCUUAGGAUAUCAGUGGUUGUCUGUUUGUGCUGAAUAUCUCACCAAAUUUAGGAAAUUAUCUAAAAGCAAUUGUGGUCAAAAUAGUAUGAAUCCUAAAGAAUAUUGUGAUCUCAUCCCUAUAGUCCCACUGAAUUGGUUCAUACCAGUUCAACUGCUACUGUAUGGCUUGAUAUGAUAUUUUGGACAGAUAUCCGUGACACCUGGAGGAAGUAUCGUAAUGACUUUGGGGGAUCCCCCUGCUGUAUAUCCAGCUCCACCAGCAAGUUUUCACUUAUCAUGUGAAAUAAUAUACAUUCAAUGGAUGAACAGGCUGAUACUUUGGCAAUGACCUCUAUGGUCCCCAAAGGACCUCAUUUUCCUUUGUCUUUUCCUGAAAUAUUUCAUAAACGAUUUGAGUCUGUGAAAUAUGACACUCAUUGCCCCCUCAGGAGAAAAAGUAAUAAUCUUGGUGAUCCCUUAACACAAUCUUUUAUAGAGCCAAUUACAGGAAAACAUUGUCAUAGUCAAAUUCCUCUAAUACUUCAGACCUUAACUGUACUGUAGUUUAUUGGUUAUCGUAAUCACUAUUUAUGAAGAUUUACUGUACAUGUUGAUCAUGUAAGCUGAUGUAAGCCUCUGGAUCAAUGCAUCACUGUGCUUAAGUGCAGCCUCCAAUAACUGCUGGAGUAGCUGUUUCCCCUUAGUUUGAAAAACAGACUAAAUUUAACUUGAAAAGGUGACGAGCACUCAUCUGUUAUUUUGGAGACAAGUUUGAUUCUUUCUUUUGGAAACAUCUUGAAAUAUUCUCACUGCACUGACAGAUUUUCUUCACUCUUCGUGGAGACGUAUCAGGUCUUAAUAAUAGACAGAAAUGGUUUGAAAAGAUUGACUUUUUUUGCAGCAGUCAAGCAGAAAGCAGAAUUAUCCCAAGCACCUUCACUGUCAGGGUAACAUUAAAACAAGAGAGAGACAGCUGAGAGGAGAAACGACACAAAGGGAAGCAACAGUGGGAGGAGUGGGAGCAGACACUGUGGACACAGAUGAGGAGAAUAAGAUAGAGGGGUGAAAAAAGAAAGCACAGAUUAGAUGACAGAGGAGAGGGAGGAGGAGAGAUUUGGGGAGGGGGUGUUGCUGUUAAGGAUGGGUGGAGGCUUUGUAAAUGUGAGAGGCUGGAGGCGCAUUUAAAUUCAGGCUGUGUGUCUCCUGCGCUAGCCGAAUGUUACCUGCUCUAGCAUGGCAACAGAAAGAGAGAGAGAGAGUCAGGGUUUCAGCUGCAGCCUCCACACAUACACACACACACACACAGACAAAAACACACACACACACACACGUGCACAGACAGCCACAACAGGAGUGCAAGGAGUGACUCAGGUAAGCUCCUGAUGAGAGAGAGAGGGAGCAGCGUGGUUGAGAGAGAGAGGGAGAGAAACUGGAGGAGGAGGAGCUACAGAGCUGAGAUUCUUUAGGAGGAAGAAAAAGAAGGAAUUGCAUAGAAACCCCUGAAAAUCUCUGUAUGUGGACUCCUUGGGUGGGCUUACAGGGGAAGGAGAGACGGGGGAUGCUGCAGACGCAGAUGUGGAGGGAUGCGAAAGCUCUGAUUGGAUAAAUCUGACAGACUAGAGGGAUACACAGAGAGAGGAAAAUGACAUUUAGUUUUUUGUAGCAGGACUGUUCGGGGGGCUUAAGCUGGGGGAGGCUGGAAGGGAGGUUUGCAGACAGGGGUGAGUCGGGACAGAGGAGGGGGUGAGGCGGGGUGAACAGACACAGGAUGGCAGAUGGACCACCUGUCCUUCUGAGACGAGGACUUUAGAGAUGUUAUGAGACAUUUGGCAUCCUGAUCACCUGGACUCCUCUGAGGGACCAGCAUCCACACUGCCCUCGCAGGCGCUCCUCCCCUGUAAAGAACCUGUGAGCACAAGAAAUUUGACUCUUUAUUUUUGGCUCCUGGGAUCCCUAACUUCCCCGAAGAGCUGCGAUCAGGUGGAUCACCUGUGCCAUGAGGAUCCUGGCCUGAGACGACCCCCUAAAGAGGCUCCAUCGGCCGGCCCCCCUCCUCUCCCCACCACCUGGAUGUCUUGAUGUAUUGCUGUGGGCUGGGACACUGGCGGAGAGUGCAGUCCACCUAUGGAGAGCGUCAGGACACGGAUGCCUUCGAGGAAAGAAACGCCCAGGUGCAGCUGGAGAAGGCCAAGUACAAGCCCGUGGCAUUCGCAGUACGUUGCAACUUUUCAUAUACGCCAGCAGAGGACGACAACGUUCCUGUCCCCGGCCAGGCCGUCACUUUCGAGGCACGAGACUUCCUGCACGUCAAAGAGAAGUUUAACAAUGAGUGGUGGAUCGGGCGGCCAGUGAAGGAGGAUGGUGUGGUGGGCUUCAUCCCCAGUCCAGUCAACCUGGAAACCAUUCUCAUCAGAAGAGAAGUCCAGGCGAGGAAAGCUGCCAAGGCCUUAGCCAACAAAGCAGCAUCUCAAGUAACUCAAGAUAUGAACUCAAAGAAAUACACUCCUCCAUCACAAGCCAAUCAGCAGGUCAAAAAGAAACCAGGGGAGCAGGUGUCGAUGUAUGAUGUAGUGCCUACAAUGCGUCCUGUGGUUCUAAUGGGACCAUCGCUGAAGGGCUUAGAGGUUACAGAUAUGAUGCAGAAAGCUCUAUUUGACUAUUUAAAACACCGAUUUGAAGGCAGAAUCACUAUUACCCGGGUCACAGCAGACAUCUCUCUGGCUAAACGGUCCAUUCUCAACAACCCAGGCAAAAAGGCCUUAAUGGACCGGUCUAACACCCGCUCCAAUUUAGAUGCUGCCGCUCAGAUCCAGGGCGAGGUGGAGCGAAUCUUUGAGUUGGCCCGCAGCCUGCAGCUGGUGGUUUUAGAUGCAGACACAAUAAACCAUCCUCUCCAGGUGGCCAAGACCUCACUGGCACCCAUCCUGGUCUAUGUCAAGAUCUCCUCACCGAAGGUGUUGACGAGACUGAUCAAAACUAGAGGGAAGUCACAAACCAAACAUCUCAAUGUUCAGCUGGUGGCAGCAGACAAGCUCGCUCAAUGCCCGCCGGAAAUGUUUGAUGUCAUCUUAGAUGAGAACCAGCUAACGGAUGCCUGUGAGCACAUCGCUGAUUAUCUGGAGUCUUACUGGAGAGCCACUCACCCGCCAGAGAUGGAGCCUGCCAACGCACUGGUGGCUGGGCUGGUCGAGAACACACUGCCUACCAACCCAACAGGAAUGCAGGACGGGCAGAAAAACAAGAAGUCAGCUGCGCCCAAGAGGAAGGGUUCCCGGGAGAACCAUCUAGAGGAGGAGCCCCCUUCAGCCCCGGCGCAGGAGCAGAGGGCUGAGGAUGGCCAAAAAGAGGAGGAGGAACGGCUUCUGAGGACUGAACCAAAGAGACCCCAGCACACCCACCACCACCAUCACCAUCAUCACAACCGCCGGAUGGAGCACCACGGCCAGAACAAUCAAACAUCGGGAGGAGCAGAGGUACAGUCCAGCAGGGAGUACAGCCAGAGGAUUCACCGCAGGCACAUGCCGGAGGAACGGGAGGAGGAGGAGGUGGUGGUGGUGGAGGAUGUGGUGGAGGAGGAUGAGGAGGAGACUCGUUAUAACCACCGGGGCCAUAACCACCAGCAUCACAACAGCAACCAUCAUCAUCAUCACCACCACCACCACCAACAUCACCACCGGGGGAGCAACCAGCCACACUCCGGGCAGGACUAUGAGCAGGAGCACAACGAACGCAACCGGCAGCACAGACAUCACCAGCAUGUUUCAACACGGACACAACACACAGAUCACUAUCCUGCACACAAUCAUCACAACUACCACCACUAUCAGGGCAGAGAUAGAGACAGAGACAGAGACAGAGACAGAGACAGAGACAAAGACAAAGACAGAUACAGAGACAGAGAUAGAGAUAGAGAUAGAGACAGAGACAGAGACAGAGACAGAGAAAAAUACAAGGACAGAGAACGAGACAGAGAGAGGGAUCAUGGUAGAGAACGAGACAGAGAUGCACGACAUUGGCACAGGGAUUCCUACAUACACCAGUGACGGAUGUCACCCCCCCCCGUGUUGGUGCAAGGUUUCAUGCUGCUCAAUUAUAAUGCACUAAUGAAUGGGGCACAGUGUGUCAUAUUUGUAGAAAAUGUUUCUCUAAAAAUGUAUUUGCCAGUUUACGUUACCUUUUUCCACCCAACAAUUUUCUUAUUAACAUGAAUAUUUCCCCUUAUUUCAGCUUAUUUUCCACUUAUACAUAUGGCUCCAAUUGUGUGGAUUUUUGCACAAACACAAGUCAGAAUGAAUGCAAUGUAAUGAGAUUUUGACGUCGCUGAUUAUGGAAGCCAAAUACAGUCAUGGUUGCCGUAGUUUGACUAAAACCAUUAUUGGGUGCAUGUGUUUUUGUUUUGUUUUGUUGAAAUAACAGGAUAACUCCACCUCUAAUUUAUCAGGUGUAACUCUAAUUUACACCUAGCCUAAACGAAUGCAGUCCAAUGCAAACAUCCUGUAGUAAAACCUUAUACAUUCAAUUCAUUAUUUAAUUGGGAAGUUAUGAUGUGUGUGAAUCAUUUUAUUGAUUUUGUUUUGCUGUUUGUACUAUAUUGUUUGAUUCUAACAGCCUUUCACUAAGCAAACCCUCAUUGACAUAAAUAGUGAAGACACAACACAUUUAUAAAAUCACAGAUAAGAGCUUCCAAAAUGAUGAUCAACACAUUAAAUCAUUAAACACAAUUAACAGAUGGCCUCCAUGAAAAUAGGACUCAUUGCAGGACUGUCAGAUAUGACAACCUUAAUUGGAACUUGAUGUGUGAUAUAAAUAUUUAGCCUAUCUAAAGCCUGACAUACACUGUAUUAUUUCAACCUGAUUUAGGCCUGAUAUUAGAGUUGUACAUCUAUUUUUUUAGUUUGGGCCGAAUUUCAACCCCCCCACCACAAUGUGAGCUGACAUUCCACUACCAAUUUUACACAAUCAUACAGUGUAUGUAAGGCUUCAAGAAUAAGGUGUUUUCCAAAAUAGCAAAUUGAUGAUUUCUAAACUUAAUUAACUAACUGCCACAAAAAUAAGGAAUGAUUUAUCUUAAUUAAAAAAAUUGCCAGAUCGUCAGUUUACAGGAUGAAAAAAAAAUGCUACUCUUUUUUUCGGCUUCCGUACAACAAAUGCAUUUAAUGAUUUCUGUUUUAAGAAAAUGGAUGUUUUGUUCAGAUGAAUGGUUAAAUAUCUUUGUGGAACCUCAGACUUGUGUGUUUCAGUGUCACAUUUGAGUCUGCCCUGAUGUGCGUAUUUUGAAAGACAACGAUUAAUUUUAAACAUGGAAAGUCAAACUAUUUUUCUACAUGUCUCUCAAUGGAGGCCACACUGUACAAUGCCUCCUUCUUUUUUAAAGGGUGUUGAAGCAUAUUUAUUGACUUGCAUUUGCCCUGUCUGGAAGCAUGAAAAAUCUUUCAGUGACACUGACCUGUGCUAUACGCUGGAUACUCUAUGCAUCUUAUUGUGAUAAAAUAUCUUGCUUGAAUACAAUCUCUAUGCAUUUGUACAUACUUCAUAACUGCCUUGUUAGGUUAAUGUAAGAGAAACCGAGCCUGUUGCACUGUUUGGUAGAAACCAUACUGUGUAUGAUUGCUUUGACUUGAUAAGACUGAAUGGACUCUGUUUCUUUCAAAAUGAUAUGUUUUGGUUAUACGUAUAUGUGUUUUGUACAUUAUUCAGGACUUAAUUUUGACAAAUAUGCAUUCUUUUGUUGAUAAUCUAUUAAAAUGUGAAACUAA